CUGAGAUCAGAUGAGUGUGAGGUCCAGUCGGAGCCGCUGCAGUCUGUCAGUCUGUCGGCCAUGGCCUGUCUGAUGGCCGCCUGGUCUGUCCACAACCCCACCGUCACCAACUCCAUCAUCAUGAACACCAACGGUCCCCCAGACCUGAUGUUGGACCCCCGGACGGUGUGCGUUUGUAUGGACGAGGUGGUCAACCGGCGGGCGGCGUGCGGCCAGCAGACGACGCCACUGCUGCAGGGUCAGCACAAGAACCACAAGAACCUGAGGAGGCUGGACAACAGCCUGACGGAGGCCCAGAGGUUCUCCUCGUUACCGCGGAGACCGGCCGUCAACAUUGAGUUCAGAGAUGUGUCGUACUCCGUCAGAGAGGGCCCCUGGUGGAGGAAGAAAGGUUACAAGAUCCUACUCAAAGGGAUCUCUGGGAAGUUCACCAGCGGGGACCUGGUGGCCAUCAUGGGGCCCUCAGGAGCCGGGAAGUCCACCCUCAUGAAUAUCCUGGCCGGGUACAGAGAGACAGGGAUGAAGGGGGAGAUCCUGAUCAACGGUCAGCCCAGAGACCUGAGGUCCUUCAGGAAGGUUUCCUGUUACAUCAUGCAGGACGACAUGCUGCUGCCUCACCUCACUGUGCAGGAAGCCAUGAUGGUCUCUGCAAACCUGAAGCUCCAGGAGAAGGUGGAGGCUCGUAGGGAGAUGGUCCAGGAGAUCCUGAUGGCUCUAGGUUUACUGGAAUGUGCAAAAACCAGGACGUCUCACCUGUCUGGGGGUCAGAGGAAGAGGCUAGCCAUCGCUCUAGAGCUGGUCAACAACCCCCCCGUCAUGUUCUUCGACGAACCCACCAGCGGGUUGGACAGCUCGUCCUGUUUUCAGGUGGUGUCUCUGCUGAAGGCUUUGGCUCGGGGGGGUCGAACCGUCAUCUGCACCAUCCAUCAGCCCAGCGCCAAACUGUUCGAGCUCUUUGACAAGCUGUACGUUCUGAGUCAGGGUCAGUGUAUCUACAGGGGGAAGGUCUCCAGUCUGGUCCCAUACCUCAGAGACUUGGGCCUCAAGUGCCCCACCUACCACAACCCAGCAGACUUCGUGAUGGAGGUGGCGUCCGGUGAGUACGGUGACCAGAUGGUCCGCUUGGUGAAGGCCGUUCAGAACAGGAAGUGUGAAGUGGACGAUCAGACAGAGCUGAACGGAGACUCCAGUCUCCACCCACUCCUGUGGCAGCGAACGGAGGAGGAGUCAUCGUCGGAGGGCUGCCACAGUUUCUCGGCCAGUUGCAUGACUCAGUUCUCCAUCUUAUUCAAGAGGACGUUCCUCAGCAUCCUGCGGGACUCUGUGCUGACUCAUCUGAGGAUCUCGUCCCACAUCGGGAUCGGUGUCCUGAUCGGUCUGCUCUACCUGGGUAUCGGCAACGAGGCCAAGAAGGUGCUCAGCAACUCAGGCUUCCUGUUCUUCUCCAUGUUGUUCCUGAUGUUCGCGGCGUUGAUGCCCACGGUGCUCACAUUUCCUCUGGAGAUGGGAGUUUUUCUGAGGGAACACCUGAACUACUGGUACAGUCUGAAGGCCUACUACCUGGCCAAGACCAUGGCCGACGUCCCCUUUCAGGUGGUUUUUCCGGUGGUGUACUGCAGUAUCGUGUACUGGAUGACGGCGCAGCCUCCGGACGCCGCCCGCUUCUUCCUCUUCCUGUCGCUGGGUGUCCUCACAUCGCUGGUGGCUCAGUCUCUGGGACUUCUGAUCGGAGCUGCCUCCACCUCUCUGCAGGUGGCUACGUUCGUGGGUCCGGUCACUGCGAUCCCGGUGCUGCUGUUCUCGGGGUUCUUCGUCAGCUUCGACACCAUCCCCUGGUACCUGCAGUGGAUGUCCUACAUCUCUUAUGUCAGGUACGGCUUUGAAGGGGUCAUCCUGUCCAUCUAUGGUCUGGAUCGUGACGACCUUCACUGUGAUGACUUCGACACCUGUCACUUCCAGAAGUCCGAGGCCAUCCUGAAGGAGCUGGACAUGCUGGACGCCAAACUCUACCUGGACUUCAUCAUCCUCGCCAUCUUCUUCUUCUCCUUGAGGCUCAUCGCCUACUUCGUCCUGAGGUAUAAGAUCAGCGCUGAGAGGUAGACGGCGGCGAACGCCCGGAUCUGCUUUGAGCAGAGGUCGGAGGUCGGAGCCCUGUAGGUAUUUUAACAGUGGACAAAGGUCAAAGGUCAGGAGCUGGUCUCCUGCCCUGGAACUUGAAGGACCAGUUCAGUCCCAGUUCACAGACUGGAGGACACCGUAGGCUGGAGACAUCUAUGAUUCUGUAGUGCAUCAGGGUCAAAGGUCACAGGCUGUGUAUGUCAGACGGUUAUUAUUAAAUCCUGAAUAAAGAUGUGAUUUAUUUCAACCAAGACUCAGGUUGAAAUGGAAACAGA